AUGUUUCAUUGCUACCCAGCAUCACUUCUCAGCACUCUGUUCUUGGUGCUGAGCGCCUCCACCCUAGGUCGCUCGGAAGGAAAUGGACAAACAAUCAAGUACAAAGCAUCUAUCGGGCAAAGCCCCGUGUGCCUCAGCGAGGUUAACACUGCACGUCAGGCAGUUGGGCUGCCCAACUUCGCAGAGGCUACAAAUGAUGCAAAAUUGAACGACCCACAAGGAGCAGAGCUACAGGAUGACAACGACUGGAAAAAAGUCUGCGAAUACUUGAUUCCAACUCAAGAAACAACACCAGUGACUGAAGCAAUCGCAACGAAACCGUUUGAAGACGGAACGUAUGCUUUCAAGGCCUUAGAUGACACGGAACCGAAUUGCAAGGAAACAGUUGAUUACUGGAAGGCAGCCUACAAAAACUUCCCUGGACUGCCGCCAUCAAAGACUGGCAACGAAACACUCUACAAAAAUCAAGACAACGUUUCUUUUGUAGCCCUCUACAACCCUUUAUCCAAUGCCACUGCAGACUGCCGAGUCGUCACUUGCACUCAAACGACUACCUCCACUGCAGGUACUGAUAUGCGGUCACCUGAAACUACACCUGAAACUACAAAAAACGGUUACGCGUUGAUUUGCAAAACGAUGCCUGCUGCUUUUGGAGAUGGCAAUUCUGCUCCAUUCACGCAGGAGCAAUGGGACAGGAUCAUAUCUUCCCUCACAGGCUCCGCAUUGAUAGCAGCUCCAAGUUUCGUUGCUCUUGCCAGUGUGACAUUCGGCAUCGCGACUUUAUUCUGA